AUGGCUCCACGCAAAGGAAAGAAGAAUAGCAAGAGCAACGUCGAACAGCCUCAGGCUGAGGGUCAGCGGCCAGUCGGGUGUUCGCCAAGGUUCGCUCAUGCAGAUUCGAAGGCCAAGGACACGGCGAAAACCACACUCGACAGUCUCAAGGAGACGACUAGGGAGAUGGUUAUCCGUGAACUUGAAGCUAACCCUGCGACCCGGGGCAUUGUCAAGGACAAAGAGCGUCUAGACAAGGUCGUUGACGAGUGCCUUCGCGACUCACUGAAGAACUCCGAGAAGAAGAUUGCAAACAUAUCUUACAAGGUGAUGGAUCGUGCCUGUACCAAUGCGGUUAUACACACCCCUUUCUCGGCGGCGGACGACAAAACAUUGAAGGAGCUGGACGUCGAGCCAUUGUGCAUCGGUCCUCUGACAGACAAGCGCAUUAAAGCUCUCACCGACCUGGUGUCCAGGAAGAAGAGUUCGGCCACCGUCCCCAUCACCAGCGAACCCUGCCUCGUUCCAGAUAGCAACAAGGCCCUUGUCGGCGAGGGAGAGAAGCCAAGGCCGGCGGAGGGAGAUUCUACACCUCCGCGUCGGAGCAACCGAAUAAUCGACAAAACUGACACCGAACCUCUGGCCCACGUUGCGGAGAAUGUCUGGAAGUCGGAAGGGAAGAUACUUACAAGAAACUUUGAAUAUGUCAUGUAUCGUGUGGGACAAGCGUCUGAGGCGAGAUCACGCACGUUGAUCGACCUUCUCAUCAUUCACUCUGGCAGAACUUGCGAAGAGCAGUUUCGAAAGCCCACAUUCAGCUUCUUGGAGCUAAACGUUGGUGACUCUGCUUUAAAGCAUGGCGAAGCUGGAGGGCCGGUUGAAGUUCCGAGUGCCAUUCGCGGCGGUCAUGUGCUGUCUUUCACAGGGAGACUGGACUAUGCAACAGCAGGAACCACUCCCGGGCUUGCUGGUAACCAACAAGACGUCAUCCAGGUGAAAACCCUUGCGGAGCUACGGAAGGUCAUUGCGGGUAAACUUCCUGGAGGCGACGGUUUCAAAAUAUGGAUCUUGGAAGCCAAAAGGUUGAUGUCGAUCGAUGAGUUGAACGCUCACCUCCCGCAAAUUAUUGCACAAACAAUCGCCGUAAUGAAGGCCGCAAAGUGA